AUGGAAAAGGGUCUGAAGGAUGCCACAUGUACCGGUACCGCAGAGUUGGAAAGAGUUGGAGUUACCGUAAACGGGUUGAUCAUGGAUACAUGGCUGAUAAAUGUGUCAGAUAUUGGAGACAUGGAAUGGAAGGUCCUCAUACUACGGAAGGUAGAUGAAGUAACCUUCAAGAAGCAGGAUGAGGCGCACCAUUUCCAGAGAAUGUACCACAUGAGCUUGCUUCCACCAGUACCGUCGUCUACAGAGGAAUGGAAAGAAAUAUCAAAACGAUUUGAAGAAGUUUGGAACUUCCCACAUUGUGUAGGGGCAGUUGAUGGAAAACAUGUACUUUUGCAAGCCCCGAUGAAAAGUGGAAGUGAUUUUUUUAAUUACAAAUCGCAAUACAGCAUCGUUUUGAUGGCUGUGGUGGACGUGGACUACAAUUUCACAUUUGUGGACAUAGGUUGCCAAGGGCGAAUUUCUGAUGGCGGUGUGUUUAAACGAUGUGAUCUUUAUCAAAAAAUUGCCAAUGGAACUUUAAAUUUUCCUCAAAAUUCACCAUUACCUGGUCGCACAAAACAGACACCGUAUGUAUUGAUAGGAGACGCAGUUUUCCCUCUAUGUGAUUAUUUAAUAAAACCUUAUUCUGGGAAUCACGAAAGAGGAUCUAUGAAGCGAAUUUUUAACUACCGUUUGAGCAGAGCUCGCCGCGUCGUUGAGAACGCGUUUGGAAUAGCCUCUAGUGUAUUUCGAGUUUUACGAAAACCGAUGCUUUUAGAACCAGAAAAGGCACAAUUGAUAGUCAUGACAAUAGUGUGUUUGCAUAAUUUUCUACGUAAAAGUAGAACUUCUAGAAAUGUAUACACCCCUCCAGGUAGUCUAGAUGAGGAAGUUAAUGGACAUAUUGUGCCAGGAAGUGCCGGCCUCGAAUUCGGAUUCAACGCAUCGCAUAUAUAA